AUGAACCCUUGUCUUUCUCCUUUCGAAUCAGUAGUUCAACAAUAUCUGACUGAAGAUGAUCCUUCCUUCAUGACUCUCAUAAAUGGUUUAUUCACCGGCAACCCUACUUGGAAUCUGAACUACGACGCUGCUUUGCUGGAGCAGGGUGUUAGUAACUCCAGUGGUAUGUCAUUUUCCGGCGGGAAUGAUGAUGACGGUAUGAAUUCGGGUGGUUAUGACGAUGGUAAGGUCAGUGGUAAUACCACAGGAUCUGUGGCGUGUGAAAAGAACGCGCCACCUAGAUGGAGGAACUACCGAGACGGGACGCGGCGGCCAUGGGGGAAGUCCAAGGCUGAGAUCCGGGACCUGAAGAGGAACGGUGCAAGGACAUGGCUCGGAACCAAUGAGAGGGAGGAGGAUCCAGCUUUGGCUUAUGAUAGAGCUGCUUUCAAGACGAAGGGUAGAAAAGCAAAGCUCAAUUUUCCUCACCUCAUUGGCUCAGAGCGGCGGAGACACCACCGGAGCUGGCAAGAACAGUUGUCCGAAAGAAGCGGCGCCACCCUCUUGAAGAAAAGCCUGGAUGCUCUACCAAAUGUGUUACCAACAUAUAGAAGCCAUGUCAGAAGCUUGAAAUAUGGUGUGUGA